GGCGGCGGCGCGAACGGCAGCGCAGAGCGUGGCUCUGGGCUAGGUGCCUGCCGCGACUUCCCGCGCAAGGCCGGCCGGACCAGCGACCCGCAGCCUAGGCGGCGCUGGAGGAUGCGGCCGUGGCCCCGGGUGGCAGCCGCCAGAAGCUUGGCGCUCUGAAGGUCAGCAAGUCAAGUGGCAAGGGUUCAGGAGGACUUGACACCUCCAUAGUAAUGGCAGAGAAACGGCCCCUGGGGCCUCUGGGGCCUGUGAUGUAUGGCAAGCUGCCCCGCCUGGAGCCAGACCCAGGGCCUGGACAUGGCCUGCCCCUCUCUGCUGGUAGCCAGGACUCCUGCAGUUACAAGGGUGCAUACUUCUCCUACCCCAUAGGGGGCGCUUCCAAGGCAGGGUCUGAGCGAUUGGCAUCCUGGACCCCGUACCCACCCUUGUACCCCACUGAAGUGGCCGGCUCUCCACUCCGGACUGACAGCCUGUUGACAAACUGCCUGCUCUACCGCCCUCCGACAGAAGGUUCUGAGAAGAUAAAGGACUCCAGUGAGCUCCUGCCCUUUGGUGCCCAGGCUCACGCAUACCCAGGCCCACCACUGGCAGCGCCCAAGCCUGUCUACCGCAGCCCUUUGUGUUACGGACUCUCCGCUUGCCUAGGGGAUGGGGGAGCGAAGAGACCGUUGGAUGUUGACUGGACCCUGGUGACCGGGCCCCUGUUACCCUCUGCUGAACCACCCUGUUCUCUAGCCCCAGCUCCUGGCAAGGGCCAGCCCCUGGAUGGGACGUUCUUGCGUGGGCUACCAACUGGGGGGCCUGGCAAAGACCCCUCCCUGACUUUUUCCCCAUGCCAGGCAAUCCUGGAGAAGUACCGAACCAUCCACAGCGCAGGCUUCGUGCCUUCCAAGUACACGGGUCCUUAUUCUGGGGAACCCAAGCAAGCAGUAUCGGAGGGACCCUCCAAUCCUUGGACCCAGCUUGCCCAGCCCCUCGGACCACCUUGCCAGGAUGCAGUGCCAGCCCACUACCCGCUGCCCCCACCUCCACAGGCCUUGCCUUGCCCUCCAUCUUGCCGUCACCCGGAGAAGCAGGGAAACUACGCCUCUCUGCUCCCACUGCCACCUCUGGGAGCGCACAAGGGGGCUGCAUACCAGCCUGGCGGGCUGGGCAGCCCCUACCUGAGGCAGCAGGCAUCCCAGGCCCCUUAUCUGCCCCCUGUCGGGAUAGACACUUAUUCCUACUCUCCUGCACCCCUCCCAGCCCCCUCACCAGGGCUCAAGCUGGAGCCCCCACUUGCUCCAAGGUGCCCACUGGACUUUGUCCCCCAAACUUUGGGAUUUCCUUAUGCCAGGGAUGACCUCUCUCUCUAUGGGGCCUCCCCAGGACUUGGGGGAACGCCGCCUUCCCAUUCUCAGAGCAGUGUGCACCCUGUGCCACAGCCCAGUGCCUUCCAGCGAACCUGCCAGCCUUUGCCAGCCAGCCAGUCAUGCUCUGAGCCCGUGAGACCUGCAGAGAAACCAGCCCCGGAAGCUCAGGAGAAGACCUGGCUACCCAGCUGCAGGAAAGAGCAGCCCCAUCCCAGGCCCAGCGAGCGGCCUGGGGUUCCUAUUGUCAUUCGAGACAGUCCAGUUCCCCGCACUUCACCAGCACUGCACCCCUGUGCCAAGGAGCACCAGUCUCUUCCCCAGAAAGAAGCCAAGCCUCCCAGCUCUCCACCCAUGCCUGUGAUUGACAAUGUUUUUAGCCUGGCCCCCUACCGUGACUACCUGGAUGUGCAGACACCGGAGCCCACGGCGGAGCAGGACUGUGCUCCUGCCGCCGCCGCCGCCGCCAGUAAGAGCCCAGACAAAGAUCGCAAGGGGGCCCUGCCUGUCCAGGAUGGGACCCCUGGGCCUCACUGCUCUCUUCGUGAGGAAGUGGCCCUGGACUUGAGUGUGAAGAAGUCUAUGGCAGAGGCUGUCCCUCUCAAGGUCCCUAGUCCUGAGGUACGUGAUAAGUCCACUGAAGCUGUGAACGGGCCAGGUAUGGAAAACACAGUGUCAGGCUUGCCGGGCCUGAAAAAGAUGGUCACAGAAAUAUCUGAAGUGGCUACCGAAGCCACACCAAGGACCAACUUCCACAGCUCCGUGGCCUUCAUGUUCCGAAAAUUCAAGAUACUCCGUCCUGCACCCUUACCUGCAGCUCUCGUCCCAUCCCCACCUACCCUGGCUCCGGCUCCAGCUCCAGCUCCAGCUCCGGCUCCUGCCCCGGCUCCAGCUCCUGCCCUUGCCCCUGCCCUUGCCCCUGCCCCUGCCCCUGCGCAGCCUGUACCCAACCCCCCAUCCGUUCCCGUGGGACUGCAGAUUCUCACUCAGCCUUUGCCGGUGGCGUGCUUCAACCUAGCCCUACCCAGCCCGCCGGCCAUAGCCGUGGCCUCCCCGGCCCCAGCCUCUGCUCCUGUUCCAUCACCAGCUCCGGCCCCUGCUCCAGCCUCUGCUCCAGCCCCAGGCCCUGCUCCAGUCACUGCUCAAGUUUCCACCGCGACCUCAGCCGACUCCCUAGAACAGCACUUUACCGGGCUGCACGCAUCCCUCUGUGACGCCAUCUCGGGCUCUGUGGCUCAUUCUCCACCAGAGAAACUUCGGGAGUGGCUUGAGACCACCGGGCCGUGGGGCCAGGCUGCGUGGCAGGACGGCCAGGGUGUGCAGGGGCUCCUGGGCAAGCUGCUGUCCCAGCUCCAGAGGUUUCUGUGCACACAGCAGUGCCCCUUCCCUCAUGUGGUGCGAGCUGGUGCCAUCUUCGUGCCCAUCCAUCUGGUGAAGGAGCGUCUCUUUCCCAAGUUGCCACCCGCCUCUGUGGACCACGUGCUGCAGGAGCACCGCGUGGAGCUGCGGCCCACCACUCUGUCAGAGGAGCGUGCCCUGCGCGAACGGGCCCUGCAUGGCUGCACCUCCCGCAUGCUGAAGCUGCUGGCCCUGCGCCAGCUGCCCGAUAUCUACCCUGACCUGCUGGGCCUGCAGUGGCAUGACUGUGUACGCCGCCAGCUGGGUGGCUUUGACACUGAGGCCAGAACUUUAUCCCCUUCAGAACCCACAGUGACCAGAGAUGAACCAGAAAACCACUCCCUGGCUCGUAAGUCACCAGCCCCCAAGGUCAAGAAGCCAGGGAGGAAGCCACCGGCUGGUCCUGAGAAAACAGAGAUGCCCACUGGCGAAGGGUCACGGGAUCCCUCGCCUAGCUCUGGCACCAGCACCAGCCCACCAGGUCCCACCAUGAGGGCACGCUUCCGCAGCCUGUUGGAAAACGCCUGGCUCAAUGGGGUGGCACUGCCCACUUGGGGCCACAAGGCCUCAGGACCAGACCGACCCUCGCCUCAGCCCCAGCUCCUGGGCAGCCAGGGCCAUCAUCUGUAGCAUGGGUAGCUAGUGUUGUUGGGACAGUCAACCAUCUGGGGACCACUGUGUACCUGUCCUGACAUCCACCUGCCCAGGGCUGGGAGUGGAUAGCAGGGCUGGGCCCACCUAACUGGGCAGAGACUUCUGAACUUUGAACAUGGGGGUCUUUGUUAGAAGGGAUUCCUUCCCAUGAGAAAAGCUGUGGGCAUUGGAGCCAACCCGACCUGGCCUUGAAUCCUGGCUGCUGUGUUCCGUGUUGCGUGUCCUGGGCAAACACUUCACCUCUCAUGAGCCCUUGUUCACCAUUUGUAGAAUAAGACAACGCAGCCUACCUCCCAAGGGUUGUAGUGGGGAUGAUGUCUGACGUACACCUAUGAUGAUUUGGUCUGCUGCUUGCCCAGGACAGGCCUUUGACCUCAGUCAGGCUGUGGGAUAACAAGACUGAGGCUGGUAGGACCUUCUUGUCAAGUCUUCAUGUGUUUGGGGACCUGGUGACCUUAGGGUGGUGUAUUGUACAAUGUAUAUGGCUCAUACACACUUCCUCUGAGACCACUGCUGGUGCCGGGAGCUGGCCUGGGGCUGGCCUGAAGACCUGAAGUCUGCUCUGGAUUCCUAUCGCUGACCUUCCUGGGCUGCAUCACACACCCCAGUGGAGUUGUACCAAGCAGCUACAGAGACCCGGCAGGCUGCGUCAGCUCAAUUCUAGGAGGCCUCUGAAGAUCUGGACUGGGGACUCUGGUAUUUCCCAAGGCUCUUGGGGCCGCCUCCCUGCUGUGGGCUGAGCUCAGCUGGUGGCUGCCAAGCUGUGCCUCCUGCCUUAUUUAAGGGUUUUGUUGAGACUGGGCCCUGGGGGUCAGCUAUUAAAUCGUUGGGUUGUUUUUAGAA